AUGGUCCCAGCUCGCGACAAAUUUCUCGGAUUCGUUACGAAAUUUUUGAAGAAAAAUGCUGAUAGCGGUGCGCUCAUAACAAGACUUUUAACUGCCUUGAAAACUUACAUUGAAAGAAUCAGUAUGUAUUCUAUCAUCGAUGAGCUAACACGACGUUGA